AUUAGCUACAGUUCUCUCUGUGUGGUCUCGUCUCGGUGCUAACUAGCGUGGUUUGCUUCUCAGAGUGUGUGUGUGCCCCGUCGAUUUACUCAUCCUCGGAAUCUCCGACCUUUGUCUCCUCCAAGACUACAUAAUCAUCGCCAAAAACGAUGGGCGUAGGUUUUGUUGUCGGAUUCCUCGGUGCUCUGAUUUUACUUCACGCCGCUUAUUCAACGAUCCAAUAUAGGGCUUUGUUGAAGAUUACUGAGGAGGAGUUUUCUGGGCCUCCUUUGAAUGUGGUGAUUGAGCUGACUCUAGGGUUAGUGAUUUGUAUGUGGGCUGCGCUGACCGUGCCGGGGAACUUUUUAUCCAUCCAACCUGAUUCUGAAGAGAACAGGAUUGUCUCUUUACCUGCCAACCUGGACUUCAUGAUAUUCAACCAUCGAGGCAAAGUCUUUCCCGUGGAAACGAAUGCAAAGUUGAUACAUUAAGAAGGACUUCUAUAAAUUUGGAUCAAGCGCCUUCAUUUCUUAUAUGAGGAGGAAAACUCUUUUCUCAAAAUUUGUACAAUUUAUUUGCGCAUUUGAUGUCACUGUCUUUGAUGUAUGAGUUUUUUGCAGCUUCAUACUUUACAUUUCUGUAGUUGGCACUUGUCUUUGUGAUUUUGACACGAUGUAACUACUAGAACCAUCUAUGAUGAGCUAGCUAGCCUCCAAUUUGACUAUA